UGCCUUCUCCUCCGCCCGCGCACCUGCGUCCGUUCUGCCAGGCCAGGUGGGCGGGGCGGGCGGAGCCGGGCUCCCUCGAGCGGCUCCGCCAUUGGCUGUGCCUUUCCUCGGGCCACGCCCCUCCCCGUGUGGCCCCGCCCCUCCGUCCCCCUGGCGGCGCAGAAGGGAGAUGCGCUUCCCGGAGGAGGAGGAGGAGGAUGAAGGCCGCCCUCCUGCCGCUGCUGCUGCUCCUGCCGCCCUGCGCCGGGGCCUUCCUCGCCGGGCCUCUCGAUUCCUGUCCCCGGAGCCUGGACUGCGCCCUUCAGCGGAGGGAAUUCUGCCCGCCCGGGUCUGGCGCUUGCGGCCCUUGCCUGCCCCAAUUCGCAGAGGAUGCCGAGGGGAGAUGCACCCCAAAGACCCCCGCCAUGGACGCCGCAGUGCGAGCUUCGCUUCCCAACUUAGAGGAAGAAAUUGAUCUGGUGGCAGAUGCCGCCAGCCGGAUCCACCUGCGGCAAAAUGGGACAGAAACGACAACUCCCAGGGGCCCGCCUUCCAGGGUCGGCGCACAGAAGAGCCGGAAGGGAAGUCCCGCCCCCACGCCGCCCGUCAAAUACUCUCCGGUGGAUGCGCCCCGGCUGUCGUCCAACGACGCCCUCAUCCUGGGGAUGAUUGUCGUCUGUACAGCCGCAGGCAUCGCAGCUUUGGUCGUGGCCGCCGUUUGCUGGUGCAGGCUUCAACGGGAGCUGCGCCUGGCCCAGAAGGCAGACUACCUGACCCAGAGGCAGCCCAGCCCUCCGUCCUACGAUGCCGUUUCGCCCGGGGAUAAGAAGCUGGCCCAAAGCGCCCAGAUGUUCCACUAUCAGCACCAGAAGCAGCAGAUGCUCUCCGUCGAAAAGCAGAAGGAGGAGACCAAGGUCCCCGAAUCGGCUUCUUCGGACGAAGAGAACGAGGACGGUGACUUCACGGUCUACGAAUGCCCCGGACUGGCUCCCACCGGCGAAAUGGAGGUGAAGAACCCGCUUUUUGACGACGCUUCCUUGCACCCGCCUCUUCCUCUGCCUCCUUCGCGCAAACCGCACCCGUGACCUGGCGAACUUGACUUGGACCCGGAAAUGCAGGACUGGCCUCCUCCUUUGUUCCCACCCGUAACUUUGCAGCGGAGCCUCGGAGGUUUAUUCCAUUCCACCAGGGAGAAAAAGACCACAAUGUCCGGGUUCUAGAUUCCGGGUUCUAGGUUCCGGGUUCUAGGUUCCAGUUGUGCCGCUUUUCCUUUGGCCCUCGGAAGUUUAUUCCAUUCCUUUGGGGAGAAAAAGACCACAAUGUCUGGGUUCUAGAUUCCAGGUUCUAGGUUCCGGGUUCUGGGUUCCAAUUGUGCCACUUUUCCUUUGGCCCUCGGAGGUUUAUCCCAUUCCGCCGGGGAGAAAAAGACCACAAUCUCCGGGUUCUAUGUUCCGGGUUCUAGGUUCCGAUUGUGCCGCUUUUCCUUUGGCCCUCGGAGGUUUAUUCCAUUCCUUUGGGGAGAAAAAGACCACAAUAUCUGGGUUCUAGGUUCCGGGUUCUAGGUUCCAAUUGUGCCACUUUUCCUUUGGCCCUCGGGGGUUUAUUCCAUUCCGUCGAGGAGAAAAAUACCACAAUGUCCGGGUUCUAGGUUCUGGGUUCCGGGUUGUGCCGUGUUUUUUUUUGGGCCCUCGAUGGUUUAUUCUAUUCCGCCAGGGAGAAAAAGACCACAAUGUCCGGGUUCUAGAUUCCGGGUUCUAGAUUCCGGGUUCUAGGUUCCAGUUGUGCCACUUUUCCUUUGGCCCUCGGAGGUUUAUUUCAUCCCGCCGGGGAGAAAAAGACCACAAUGUCCGGGUUCUAGGUUCCGGGUUCUAGGUUCCGGUCAUGCCAUUUUUCCUUUGGCUUUUGGAAUGGCUGCAAAAAAGGACGAAAGACAUGGGAUUUUGCGGGGAGGGAUAAGAGGAGGAAAUAUUGGGAUUUUUGGGGAAUCAUGGAAUACAUUGAGAGCCCAACUCGCCUGCUUUCCAUUGCAGCGACGGAGGGCUUUAAAUGUGCAUUAAAAGGGAUAUAUAUAUAUAAACAUAGCAAAAAUUAUAACUUAAAUCCAAUAGUUGCUUUCUCUCUCUCUCUCCUUUGCCCAUUUUUGGCAAAGCUCUCGUCAGGCCAAUCAAAUUGAUUUCUUCAAUGUAAUAAUAGAAUAAAAUUAAAUAUUUUGCAUCUGUUUCCCUGGAAACCGAAUCUCCCCGUUCUUUGCAAACUCGGACAACACUUUCCCCCGUUUUAAAGGCCUAAAAUGAAAUGCUAAUGUUUAACUUGUAGGUUUGUCGGUCAAAAUUAAGCUAUAAAUAAUGACAAUCGUAAAAAAUCAUAUUGCAACGCCCAUCAUCCUUCGCUUUUUCUGGUUUGGGGAUGAUGGGAGGUGCAAUACAAUUGGAUCUCAAUGGCUCCUGAUCCUCAAUUUGAGGUUGUUGUUUUCUCCAUUUCGGUUUUAGUCCGAACCUUAAUGGCGGUAUCAAUUCAAAUCCACUUCGGAAAUAAUAAUAAUAUACUUUAUUUAUAUUCCGCUGUAUUACAGAACACAAACAUUCAAUUCCGUUGCACAAUUAACAAGGACAGAAUAUAUAAACAUCCCGGUAAUGGAAACUUUAUUAUUAUUAUUAUUAUUAUUAUUAUUAUUUACGUUGCGGUAAUGGAAGCUUGAUUAUUAUUAUUAUUAUUAUUAUUGACACAAAGACAUAGGACAACACAGUAAACGAGAUGUGUACGCUGGAUUUUGUAUCGCGAAACCACAAGUCGAACACUUCCCAAGUGUUUAGGGACUGUGUGAUGUAUUAUUAAUACUAUUAUUAAUUAUUAUUAUUAUUUGUGUUACUCUGGCUGCAGCGAAAACAACGCACUUGCCUGAAGCAUGCAUUUCAGUGCACAGAUUUUGCACAACUAGCAAAAGGGGAGGCGGGGAGGACGACACCGUGCUUUAAUUUAAUUUAAUUUAAUUUUUUCUUUCUAUUUCUUGUACGGACUCCUUGUUUAGUACCACUUUCAGAAGCUCAAACUUUUAUUAAAACGACCCGAUUUCAACACG